AUCAGCACUGGGCGAGGGCGCUUGAAACAGUUUUUUAUUUUUUCUGAGUUUAGGUUGAAAGUACGCUAUCUUGGUUUUCAGAAUGCACAGUGUUCACUGAGUUGGGACUACAUAUCGCAUAAACUGGACUGAUAUAGUUACUCGUGUUGUGCUGACAGCGGAACCACAUCCAAGGGAUCCAGUCAAGGAGGUAAAGAGCAAGUUUUGUGUAUGGACAACAGCCUAGGAGUGACCUGCGGGAAAUUUAUACACUGAAAAAAAACUUGGGGAAUGGUAGACCGCAUGAUGGCAAUGAACCAUGGACGAUUCCCUGAAGCUAUUAAUGGUCUCCACCAUCACCACCCAGCACGCAGAAUGGGCAUGGGGCAGUUCUCGAACCCACUACACCAUCAGCAACAACAGCAGCAGCAACAGCAGCAUGGCUACACUACUGGUAUUAUGGGAGAUCAUUUGCACUACGGAGGGGGAAAUGUAACAUCUAACCACGGAAUUAGACAUUCAGUGGGGUCGGGGAAUGUAAAUGUAAACGCUGGACACCCAAACGGCAACAUGCCUCCCGGUGCGCGCUAUAGCUCUCAAUUUGUGGGACCCACCACCGCCGUCCCCACUCAAGGACAGCUCGCGGCAAGCAUGCAGUUACAAAAGCUCAACACGCAGUACUACAGCCACCAUACACAUCCCUCUCAUCAUCAUUAUAUGCAUGAGUUACAUCCUGCGAAUCAUCAACUUAACGGGACAGGACAACAGUUCAGAGAUGGCAACGCGAAACACAGCACAUCCAGUUUGCCUCCACAGGCGCACCAUUUGCCUGCUGCAAUACUGCCCCCCAACGUCAUUGACACGGACUUUAUUGAUGAGGAGGUCUUGAUGUCUCUGGUCAUUGAGAUGGGGCUGGACCGAAUAAAGGAGCUACCUGAGCUGUGGUUAGGACAGAACGAGUUUGAUUUCAUGACAGACUUUGUAUGUAAGCAACAGCCAAGCCGAGUGAGUUGUUAAUUCUCAGCAAGUGGACUUAUACAGUCAUCUACUCAAACAGACUUUAAAGCAUUCCUGUUUGUCUCUUAAACUCAAGCAUUCGAGAGAGAUCUGCAAUAUACCAAUGGAGAACCAUUCAAACAUGUAGGCUAUACUAGAUAAAUUCCUCUAAUAUUUGGGGGGUAAUAGGCUUACACUGCACUGCAGACAUCAUGGAAAUGAGUUUGUUUGAGUAGGAAUGCACUACAACCUCAAUCGAGUCUGUCAGAAGGAAAAUUUUCAAAUCCAUGAAAUGCAUCAUUACUUAAUUGAACAACUGAACAUGGGAAAUCAAGAAAGCUCUACUGGAGUAGAGCUGUCUGCUUAUUUGAAUAGUCCUCAAAGAAAAUAGAGAUGUACAAUGGUGUGCUUGGUAUAUUUAUUUUCCUGCCUCAUUCAAACAUUUUGGAUGACAGAAAAUGUUGAAUUAUUAUGAAUUGCAAAUGAACCAUAUUCUAAAUGAUCUAAGUGGUUAAGAAACAUGCUUCUAGACAAGUGCUGUGUCAUUGUUCCCUACAAUAAUAUACUGUACAAUUUUGUGGCGAUAUACUUAUCAGAUAUCUGUAAUGUAAAAUGAUUUGUCUAUUAUGGAAGAGAACUGCAACUUGUGUAUUCUUCUUCUGCCCUGCAAAUGUCUUUCUAACAUUGCUUGUAUCCCAGCCAGGAUGUGGUGUGAGUGAACUUGGCUGUCUCGGUUAUUGUAAAGGUUAAUUGUAGGAGAGAUGUGGAUCCUUCAAUAACAGAGGGAGUGAUGUGUUGAGGUGUGGGUAUUGUCCACAUUCUUAAAUGGGACCUGUCUGGUAGAAAGAGUGAGACAAAAUAUUGUCUUUGGAAAAAGGAUACUCCUCGCUUGAAUACCCGGCCCCCUCCCCCCUGCUCUUUCCUUUGUGGACAAUAAAUGGUGUGGAAUGUUAUCAAGGUAGAGAGUAUAAUUUCACAGGACGUUUUCUUCCUCAUCAGUUCUGAGAAUUGACACCACUGUGCUUAUUUAGUGUAUGCGAUACAUGGCAAUACUACUGUGUUGAAGCUUUCAAGGAAAGUUGGACAGUAUUUUUGUAAUUUAUUCUAUUUUAAUUUGCAAACAUGAAUAAAGCAGCUGAAGUGCAUUACUGAAGUGAA